CGACGCGUUUACUCUAUUUAGUGUUCUCUCCGGAGCACUCUACGGUGAACCAGUCUCGUCUCGUGUCAAAUUGUGCGUCGUUCGACACCGGGCCGCAAGGAAGUUGCAAACGCGUUCUCCAGUGUCAGUGACCGCGACAUUAUCCUGAAUGAAGCUAUAAUAGGAUACGAUAAAUUCGAGCGGAAACGUUUAAGCAGUCAGCUCUACUGUUUGUACCUUUAUACUUUCCUCAAGAGAGCGUGUAAAAAUUCGACGAAAAGAUUCGAGCUAUCUUGGUGGCCAAUUCGGAAAGCAGAGGAUGAUUGAAACGUACGUUUAUGGCGUGACACAGUGACGCGUGCCGAUUGAACUCGAUUGAAGGUGACGGCUGAUACUCGAUGAAUGCGAGUGAUGAUAGAUGUAUCGUUGUCGCGGAGUGUGAACCAUCGCCAGCGCGUUCCCGCCAGCGCGUCCUCACGUCCGUUGACGUAGUAUAAGCUAAGUAAAAAAAAAACCAAAAAAAAAAACAAACGCGUGACACAGGAUCGGAAUGCAAGAAAUCGCAAUGAAUCGCGCCACAAAGUUCUACAAGCUGCUGGUGGUCUUCCUCUGCUACGAAGUCUGCAUCUGCAGUUUGAUACCGGAUGAGGAGCAGGAACCGAUUUACCUCACUACCGGAGUGGGAGAGUACAUGGUGUUUAAUUGCGAUCUUGACUUUCCGCACGAGACGCCGAUUCCAUAUAUUCUUCAAUGGAACCACGACAGCCGCACGAUAUUCUCCUGGUACGACGGAGACUUUAUGGUGGAGCGCAGCUACAAAAGCCGUAUACACUUGCUAGACGAUGCCGGUCACCGCGGUUAUGGCCAGGGUAGCAUAAACCUCACAAAUAUUCGCGAAAGCGACCAAGGCUGGUACGAAUGCAAGGUGAUCUUUCCCAACAGAACGCCAAAUUCGAGGAACAAUGGCACGUGGUUCCACCUCGCCAUUGAUGGUGUGUCGCCGUUCCCGACAACUGUUGCAGGUGACACUCUGCUUACGAUACCACCUGUUAAUAAAACUGCCAUGGAAGGUGAAAUGGUCACGUUCGACUGUGUCGCGAAGGGAGACGGUACAAUCGUAACGUGGUUUCGCGAAAGAAUACCGAUCCCAGACAUACAGGAUCUCAGAAGAAGAGUCGAGAUUAGUGCUGACGGAACGCUGACCAUAAAGUCAGCUGCUAUGGGCGACCUUGGGGAAUACACCUGCGUGGUGACCGGAGAGACUGGAGAGCAGCAAAACGCAUCAGCUUUUCUUAAUGUACAAUAUAAGGCGAAGGUGAUCUACUCACCGCGGGAAGUUUAUCUUCCUUAUGGGAAACCAGCCCUCUUGGACUGCCACUUCAGAGCGAAUCCGCCCCUUACGAAUCUCCGUUGGGAGAAAGACGGAUUUCUCUUUGAUCCUUACAAUGUACAAGGGGUCUUCUACAGGAGGAACGGAUCUCUUUAUUUUAGUAAAGUGGAUGAGACGCACUCGGGAAGUUACAGUUGCACUCCUUACAAUGAUUUAGGCACUGAAGGACCUAGUCCUUCCAUUACCGUGAUAGUUCAAAGACCGCCGAUUUUCACGGUGACACCACAACAUUUGUACAUGCGAAAACUGGGCGAGAGCUUGGAAAUUCCUUGCGACGCCAAAGACGGCGACGACUCGCAUCGACCAGCUAUAGUGUGGUACAAGGAUGGAUUGCCUAUAUCACCUGAGAGAACUUACGUAAUCGGCGGCAAUCUGACGAUAGAAAGAAUCCAGGAACACGAUCGAGGGUUAUACCAAUGUGCAGCCAGUAACGAGGCAGCGACGGUCGUCGCGGAUACUGAGUUAAUGGUGUUGAACGUACCACCCAGAGCACCGUACAACUUGAGCGCCAACAGUAGCAACAACGCUGUCACUUUGACAUGGAUACCUGGUUACGUGAGACCCAAGAUGGAGUACUCAGUGUGGUACAGACCCACGGAUACAGCGGAAUGGAGAACCAUGAAAAUCCUUUCGAGAAAAAUUACGGAGGCGACGGUCAACAAUCUCAAUCCAGGACGGGAAUACGAAUUCAUGGUAUUGAGCCAGGAUAAGCAUGGAGAUGGAAUGUUUAGCAAGACGGUUCGAAUAUUCACUCAGCAGGGUUCUAUUGAUGAGAACUCGGCAUCGGAACCGUACCGUAGUCAACAAGAGAUUGAGAUCAUGGGACCGCCGCGCAACGUGAGAGUUCAAGCAACGGUUGAGGGUUACUUGGUCACUUGGGAGCCACCCUACUUAGGCAAGAACCAAGUUAGGCUUUACACUGUGAGAUGGUACAGAGGACCAACCGAUCAUUUAUAUGGUAGAGCAGAAACAACAGACACUUAUUAUUUAGUAAAAACUUUGGAAGAGGAGACCUUCUAUACUUUCGAAGUAGCAGCAAUGUCGAUUACAGAUGAUGUUGCAACGAGCGAACGAGUCGGCCUGGAAGUACCUGCUUAUCGUCGUAACAGAGCGAUUUCUAUGGGAAUUGUUGCUGGUAUAGGUUUUUUAGCGGCUGCUUUGGCCGCCGUGUGGUGGGCGAGGAAACGAUACUGCCAGCCAGCUCCCGAGAAGUAACCGAAUGAACACGUGGGAAACAUGUGUGCGUACUCACAAACAAAAUGGUUAUUCGUGCGAGUUUGUAAUCGAUUAUAAACAUUCAUGCCAUAAUCGAUUGCGAAUAACUAUUUUGUUUGCUGAAGACAUAAAAGUUUUCUCCUAUUGUGUUUUAUGUAUUUUUGUUUGAGCGAUUUUUGCUUGGAAGAAAGACCUUCUUGGUUCUCGCUCAGGCAAAAAUACGUAAAAUACAUUAAGGGGAAAAAUUUAACGCCUUCAGCAAAAGCUGUUUAGUUGAAGUUCUUAAGAGGAUGCUAAAGUACCGUAAAUUAUCGACAUUUACAGUGCACUAAAUAUCUUCAAAUUGGCGUUACAGAAUCACAAAAGUUUUUUUAGAAUUAAAAUACGCGUAAAAAGAAAGUGCGCUGUAGUCAAUUUUACAAGAAAAUAUUGAACAAAAAUUUAUAAACCAUUAAAAAUUCACUCGUACAGCCGUCACCUGAAGUUAACUUUACCUUAAUACAGAAGUUGUGUAGCUCGCACGUACAAAAUGAUAGUAGAGCGCACUACAAAAAACGUGCACGAAUAACACUGACCGCGUGAAAUUACGACUAAAUACCUAACAAAAAAGAUAUCCUAAUGUGCUUUUACCACAUGCAUAUUUUGCUCAACGAAGCUGAAUUGUCAUAAACAGAACAAUAUGGUCCUCAACAGUAGGUCUUUGAUAAGUCUUUUCGCACAUGGCGAAAUAAUCGAAAAACAAAGACAGAUCUAUGCGAUGGGCAAAGAGCGAUAGCUGGUCUCGCUCGAAAAAUAAUCUACAGUGAUAUGCACAACCGACGUCGAGGAAGUUCUUCUGUUACUUUAGCAUCUUCUUAACAGCAACUAAAUUUUUUGUUAUACAAAAUAUUUAAAUGUUUCGAUUACUGUUAAAAUUCUCAACAACUUUUGUCGAAGGUACAUGCAUUCUUUUCAUAAUGCAAAAAAAAGAAACAUAGAAUAUUUAAUAUUACACAUGCAAUGACGGCACAGAGCGAAGAGACUCUUGAAUCCUGUUCCACCCGCGAUCUUAUUUGUCGAGCUUCGCAUUACUACAUUACGAGUGUUCUUGCAUUGCUAAUUAUAUCAUACUUUGUGUGUCGUUUAACAGCUUUAUUAAGUAAUUGCACGUAUAAAUGGCUAGAUUUCAUGCGCGAGCUGCGGGUCGUCGACCGUCGAAUACGAGAUCAUUAAGAGGAAUUGUGUAUGCUUAUUACGCAUAUCCUUUUUCUUUAUUGUAUAUAAAUUUUGUCCAAGUGCACACAUAUAUUUUUUUCACACAUAUUCAUUAUUUUACUUUUACUCAUUUUACUCGAUGCGUUAUUGUUAUAUAUGCUUAUACCUCGCAAUAAUUGUAGUCAAGAAUAAAGAGAAGUGGGAAAUGUA